AUGAGAUUCGAUGUCAAGAUGUUUUGCAACCAGACGUAUAGUUUUGAUUUCUGUAUGCAAUCUAUCGGGAGGGACCAACGUAUUGCAACUGCACGUGGCUUCCGUGAUGUUCUUAUAAUUGCGGUAUCGCAGAACCAAAAACAAGUGACCAACGCAACCACGACAAUCAACAAAAUCCGUCCAAAGUUCAGUGGUCCAUAUGGGAAGAAACGUUUGGGUCUUUGUGAGACAAAGUUCAAGGAAGUGUCUGGUGUGCUCCAGAAAACACUAGAAAGUGCGAAGACAGGAUGUAGGCUGUCGUUAAAAGAAGCUCAAAAAGUCCCACGAACCUGUAUUGACGCUAUGGACGAUUGCAAAAAUACUUGGACACUUCCUUUUAACGGACCGGACCAGUCGAAUCCUCUCGCUGAGUCUUGCUUCAAUGUUAUGGGACUAAGCUAUAUUACUAGUUUAGCACUUCGCAAGUUAUUACAUAAUAGGGCUGGUUAA